ACUGCAGAGAUGAAGUUGCUCCUGGCCCUGGUGGGGCUCCUAGCCACCCUCAUCCUGGCCCGGCUCUCUGAGGGCACCACCCCAGCCUCCCCUAGGGUAGUGGAGACCUCGGUCCUCCAGAGCUGCAUAACAGAGGCCAAGUUGCUAGUGGAUGCUGCCUACAAUCAGACUGAGAGGAGCAUCAAGCAGCGCCUUCACAGUGGCUUGGCAAGCCCCAUGGACCUCCUGUCCUACUUCAAACAACCGGUAGCGGCCACCAGGAGAGUCAUUCAGGCUGCCGAUUAUAUGCACGUGGCCUUGGGACUGCUGGAAGAGAAGUUACAACUCCAGGGGUCCAGAUCCUUCAAUGUCACUGAUGUGCUAACGAAAUCCCAAAUGCGGCUGCUGUCCCAGGCCAGUGGCUGUGCAGCCCAGGAUGAAGCCGAGAAGUGCAGUGACAAGUACCGAACCAUCACUGGGAGAUGCAACAACAAGAGGAGACCCUGGCUGGGGGCCUCCAACCAGGCCCUGGCACGCUGGCUGCCAGCCGAGUAUGAGGACAGGCUGUCGCUCCCCUUCGGCUGGACCCCCGGCAAGAGGCGCAACGGCUUCCUCCUCCCCCUUGUCCGAGCCGUCUCCAACCAGAUCGUGCGCUUCCCCAGCGAGAGGCUAACCUCCGACCAAGGCCGGUCCCUCAUGUUCAUGCAGUGGGGCCAGUUCAUUGACCACGACUUGGACUUCGUCCCUGAGUCCCCAGCCAGAGUGGCCUUCACUGUGGGCGUCGACUGUGAGAGGACCUGUGCCCAGCUGCCCCCCUGCUUCCCCAUCAAGAUCCCGCCCAAUGACCCCCGCAUCAUGAACCAGCGUGACUGCAUCCCCUUCUUCCGCUCGGCACCCUCGUGCCCCCAAAACAACAACAAAGUCCGCAACCAGAUCAACGCGCUCACCUCCUUCGUGGAUGCCAGCAUGGUGUACGGCAGCGAGGACGCCCUCGCCCUGCGGCUCCGCAACCAGACCAACCAGCUGGGGCUGCUGGCCGUCAACACCCGCUUCCAUGACAACGGCAGGGCACUGCUGCCCUUCGACAAUCUGCACGAAGACCCCUGCCUGCUCACCAACCGCACCGCGAACAUCCCCUGCUUCCUGGCAGGUGACAGCCGGUCAACCGAAACCCCGAAACUGGCAGCCAUGCACACCCUCUUUGUGCGAGAGCACAACCGGCUGGCAACUGAGCUGAGACACCUGAAUCCUCAGUGGACCAGAGACAAGCUGUACCAGGAGGCUCGGAAGAUCGUGGGGGCCAUGGUCCAGAUCAUCACCUACCGGGACUUUCUGCCCUUGGUUCUGGGCAAGGCCAGGGCCAGGAAAACCCUGGGGUCCUACCAGGGGUACUGCUCCAAUGUAGACCCCCGUGUGGCCAACGUCUUCACCCUGGCCUUCCGCUUCGGCCACACCAUGAUCCAGCCCUUCAUGUUCCGCCUGGACAGCCAGUACCAGGCCUCAGCACCCAACUCGCGGGUCCCACUCAGCUCCGCCUUCUUCGCCAGCUGGCGCAUCGUGCACGAAGGUGGCAUCGACCCCAUCCUCCGAGGCCUCAUGGCCACCCCUGCCAAGCUGAACCGUCAAGAUUCCAUGUUAGUGGAUGAGCUCCGGGACCGGCUGUUUCAGCAAGUGAGAAGGAUCGGGCUGGACCUGGCAGCUCUCAACAUGCAACGCAGCCGGGACCAUGGCCUCCCAGGGUACAACGCUUGGAGGCGCUUCUGCAGGCUCUCCCAGCCCCGGAAUCUGGCACAGCUUAGCCAGGUUCUGAAAAACCAGGGUUUGGCAAGGAAGUUCCUGAAUCUCUAUGGAACACCUGACAACAUUGACAUCUGGACUGGGGCCAUCGCAGAGCCUCUUUUGCCAGGGGCCCGAGUGGGGCCUCUUCUGGCUUGCCUUUUUGAGAACCAGUUCAGAAGAGCCCGAAAUGGAGACAGGUUCUGGUGGCAGAAACAGGGUGUCUUCACCAAGACACAGCGCAGGGCCCUGAGCCACAUCUCCUUGUCUCGAAUUGUGUGUGACAACACUGGUAUCACCACCGUUCCGAGGGACAUCUUCAGGGCCAACAUCUACCCCCAGGGCUUUGUGCCCUGCACCUGCAUCCCCAGCCUGAACCUGUCAGCCUGGAGAGGCAGAUGA